AUGAACGAGGACGAGAUAUAUUGGCGGCUGGGGGAGUGUGGGGCAGCGGCAUUUGUUGAGCGGAGACGGACGGCAACUUGGAGACGGCACCACCAGUUGGUCACAGAGGACACAGACAGUAACAGCAUUUGGCCGCAGGCGAUGGAGACUUCGCGGAACGAUCACCGGGAGAUGGAGUCUGGGAGGUGUGGAGAGGAGCGCGUGGUGACGUGGCGCGGCGCGGCCGGCUCGGUGCUCAAGCACAACGUGCGCUUCCUGUACCUGCUGGGCGUGUGGCCGGCGUGCCGCGGCAGCGCCUACCACGCCUUCAGCGCGCUGGUGGUGGCGCUGUGCGGCACCCACAUGGCCUUCGUAGUGCUGGGCGUCGGCAAGGGGUCGGAGGACCUGCAGGAGACGACGCUGGCGCUGACGAACGCGUUCGCCGUGAGCGGCGGCGCCACCAAGGUGGCGCUGCUGCUGCGCGGCCGGCGCCGCUUCUACGCGCUCGUACGCCGCCUCGACCGGCUGGUGGCAGCGCAGGCCGAACACCGGCGCGCCGACGCCCGCCGCCAGGCCGCGUUCGACGCCUUCCACAGGAAGGCGGUGCGCCUCACGUUCCUGCUGCACUCCUACCUCUUCCUGCUGUCCUUCGUCUGGUUCCCGAUGCCGCUGAUCGCCCAGCGGGGCGAGCGGAGGCUGCCGUUCGUGCAGCUGUCGUGGCUCGACACGAGCCAGCUGGCAGUCUACGCGGCCACCUACACCCUGCAGUGCGCCGGCACCUUCCUGCUCGCCUUCGCCACCGUCAGCGUCGACUGUUUCUUCGUGGCCAUCAUGGUCCACGUCUCCGUACAACUGAGAAUUCUAUCGUCCCGCAUAAACGCGCUGGGACUUCGCACUAACCUCGCCGGGUCGGCGAGGACCUUCGAAAGCGACGUGAGUGGGGAGGCGUCGGAUAUUCAGCGAGACAUGUACAGAGAGCUUCGCUUGUGUAUUCAGUAUCACCAAGAUAUCUUAAGGUUCGUGCGGUACCUGGACAGCGUGAUGAGUCCGCUUGCCAUGACACAGUUCAUCUCCGGCGUGCUGCUCGCCUGCGUCGCUCUGUUCCAGGCAACACUUGGCGAGGCGGUGUCGCUGGCGGCGUACAGCUGCGGCUGGCAGGAGGCGGGUGGCCGGUUCCGGCGUGCGCUGCGCUUGCUCAUGAGCCGCGCCCAGAAGCCAAUCCUGCUCACCGCGGGCGGCGUCUACGUCAUCAACAGGACCACCUUCAUCUCGCACAAAAAUGAAUUUUUAAGUGAAGCUCAAACCAAAGGACACGCUGUUAAACAGUUUAGAUGUGAGGGAGGUAAAGAAUUUAAGAGCAACAGAGUUAAGGAAUUGCUCAUAGACAAGGAAGCAGAAUUGCUGAUGCCUCCACACUAUACUCGUCAACAAGAUGGUGUGGCCGAACGUGAAAACAGAACAGUUAUUGAAGAUGCAUGUUCGGUGCUGAAUGCAAGAAAACUACCAAGAUAA